AUGGCCAUGCUUGGCUAUGCAGAAAUAAUUGCUGCAUUCCUAUGCUUCCUAUAUAUGUUCCACCGGAGAAGAUGUCACAGAUACCCUGCUCUCACAGACUAUCCUAUCCUUGGCAUGUUACCACAAAUCCUCUGGAACUUGUCGCGGAUCCAUGAUUUUAUAACCGAGGUGUUGAAACGAAGUGGUAGCACUUUUGAGUUCAGAGGACCAUGGUUCACCAAAAUGAACUUCAUGGUCACUAGUGACCCUAUCAACGUGCACCACAUGCUGAGCAAGAGUUUUGACAACUACAUCAAGGGUUCCGAUUUUCGUGACAUGUUUCAACCUUUCGGAGAUGGGAUAUUCACCGCUGAUUCAGAUACAUGGAGAUACAACAGGUCUCUGCUCCAUUCUUUGUUUAAACAAACAAGCUUUGAGGUGUUCAUAGUGAAAACCAUUCAGAAGAAGUUGGAGAGUUCCUUGAUUCCCGUAUUGGAUCAUGUACGCCAACAAGGGACAGUGGUGGAUCUCCAAGAUGUCUUAAAUCGUUUCACAUUCGAUAACAUAUGCUCUAUUGUUCUAGGACAUGAUCCUAAUUGCCUUUCCAUUGAUUUUCCACAAGUUGCAUGUGAGAAGGCUUUUAACGAAGCAGAAGAGUCCAUAUUCUACAGACACGUGGUUCCAAAAUGUGUAUGGAAGUUUCAGAAAUGGCUUCAAAUUGGUCAAGAGAAGAAGCUAACACAAGCAUGUAAAAUUUUUGAUGAAUUCCUAUAUGCAUGCAUAGCGUCCAAGCAAGAAGAGCUAAGCAAGUGCGACAAAAAUAACGAAAUAGCUGAAGCUCACGUUGAUUUGCUAACAUAUUUGAUGAGAGAAGAGAAGGAACAACAACAACAACACGACGACAAGUUUCUAAGAGACGCAGCAUUCAAUCUUUUUGUAGCAGGAAGAGAUACCAUAGCUUCAGCACUUACAUGGUUCUUCUGGCUUGUUGCUACACACCCAUUAGUGGAAGCCAAGAUUCUUGAAGAGAUAAAAGAAAAUUUUGGUGCCAAAGAAGAGAAGCUAGGGGUUUUAAACAUGGAGAAGCUGAAAAAGCUAGCUUAUCUUCAUGGUGCUUUAUGUGAAGCUCUAAGGCUUUUCCCUCCUAUACCUUUUGAGCGCAAGGAAGCAAUAAAUUCUGACGUACUUCCAAGUGGUCACCGUGUUAAUCCCAAAACAAUGAUAUUGUUUCCUUUGUAUGCAAUGGGGAGACUUGAAGAAAUAUGGGGAAAAGAUUGCUUGGAAUUCAAGCCAGAAAGAUGGGUCUCUGAGAGAGGAGGCAUUGUUUAUGUACCAUCUUACAAAUUCGUAAGUUUUAAUGCAGGACCAAGGACUUGUUUGGGAAAAGACUUGUCCUUCGUUCAGAUGAAGAUGGUGGCAACUAAUAUUUUGUGCAAUUAUCAUAUCAAACCGGUGGAAGGUCAUCUUGCUACCCCGAACCUUUCAAUAGUACUUCUUAUGAAGCAUGGUUUGAAGGUCAAGAUUUCACGAAGAGAAAUUUAA